AUGCAUCAAAAGCUUAGUGAGAACAUUGACCUAGAUUCACUCAAGUCUCCUACCUCUGAUUUAGUGAUCCAUUAUCAAAAGAAAGUUGCUAAGGAAAAUUCAUCAUUAUCAGCUGAUUUAAAGGAUUAUAUAAAAACGCUUAUGAAGGGUAUUGACGAUGAGACAGUAAAUUAG